AUGUCUGCUAUUGCUUCCAUCGUCAACAAUACUUCUUCUCCCAAGGGCAAGCAGGCCUCUGCCCCUGGCCCUUCUCAAUCAUCCACCAAUGGUGCAAGCAUCAAUACUACUCAAUCUGGUUCCGAGAAUACGAAAAGCAAUCCCGCAGCUUCCUCCGCUUCCGCAGAUGACAUCAAGUAUAAACGCAAAUAUAAAGAUCUCAAGAAGAGGAUAAGGGACAUUGAAGAAGACAAUGACAUCCUCAAUAUUAAAUUGAGCCGCGCUCGAAAAAACAUCCAUCGUCUACGCGUCGAAAGAAGCUUCCUGUUCGAUCGACUGGAUCAAUCCGAACAGGCUACACAUCCCUCUACUUCCUCUUCCUCCACUUCUGACUCGGACACGGACGAAGAGAGAACUAAUGACAGGGCCGGUGAUGGUCUAUCCAAAGGACGUAGAGGUCAUCGCCACAGCCAUGGACUAGACAGGCUCAAGCGAUUCCGCCACUCGUACUCGUCUUUACAUCACCACCCUUCCUCAUCCCAUUCCACCUAUGGUCAAAGGCAUGCUCGUUCCAAGACCCCUCCCUCCAGAGGCUCGUCUAUAGUAGCCCAUCAUGCUCAAGGCACAAACGAGCCCGCCUCAGCCUCGCUUUCGCCCUCGUCAUCGACCAUCGGUGGUACAGUCACAAGCCCAACAAAUGCUACGACCGCAGCGGCCACUGCAGCCACAACUGGUACCGCAGCUGGGAAACGAGCGACAAAGAAAAGACGUAAGGACCCCUUAGCCCCCAAGCGACCCUCGAAUGCCUUUUUUAUCUUUUCACAACAACAUCGACAGCAGGCACGGGAGGAAAAGAAGGAAGGCAACCAGAGCGAGCUCACCAAAUUCCUAGGACAACAAUGGAAAUCGAUGCCAUCCACCGAAAAAAAGGUAUAA